CUUCUGCCAAGUGUGUUCGGCUGUGCUCCACCCUCAUGAACUGUUCGGCGUGCGGAAAGCGGUACGAUCUGCGUGCGGCUCUGAGUCCUUCGGGUCGCCGCUCGGUCGCCCGCGAAUCGCGAAGCUCAUGGCGAGUAGUUCCAGUAGCGAGAGCUCAUCGAGUGGGGAGGAAGAGGUGGAAGAGGUGGAGAAGGCUGGAGAAAAGCUUGAGGAUGAGGUCCCAGAGGCGGGUUGACUGGCGGACGAGAAAGAAGCACGAGCAUGAGCAUGAAGGAAGCACGAAGAUCCUGCAUGCUUUCGACGAUCUCUAUAAAACAGCUCAAUGCUCCGGCCGAAGAAAGCUCCGAUGCCAGGCGGUGGAGAUCACCAACGAACUGCCAGACUUCCCUGAAGACUUGGACGAAGACUUGGAGAAGCAGCCCAGCAAGACACAAAUCAUGCAGGCGCGGAAGGCGCAGAAGGAGGCCACGAGGGAUCUCACGCGCUCCUUCACCACGGGGCUCAUGCCAAUCUCUUUAAGUGCUCGCUCUUCCAGCGAAGACCCUGCGGAAGCUGAGGAGGAGGGACCGCUGGGGAUGGACAGUGCGCGGCAGGUGGACAGCCCGCGCAGCCCGCAGGAGGAGCAAGGUCCUCGUCGUUGCUGUGCUCCGCUCGGCGCGGUCCGCGCGCGCGGCGCCGCCUUGCGGUCCGGUGCCGCGGAGCGCUGCGAGCGGCGCUGCGGCUGCUGCCUGCGGGCGGCGCGGUGCUGCGGUGACCUGUGGGAGGCCUUUGAAGGACGAUGUCAGGCCUUGGCGACAGCGAUCCGCUGCUUUUGUUGCCCUUUGAUCCUCCUGCUGCGCAUCCUCAGCUGUGGCCUUUGUGGUUGUCGCGCGCGCCGCGUCAAGCGCAGUGGCAGCCUGAGACGUACCAGGACGAGGAAGACGGUGAAUCGAAGCACCAGUGUGGUCGGCCGCAGCACUUCGGCCGGGGCGGGGCGCCUCACGCGCAGCUCCACGUCUGCUGGGCGCCUGACACGAAGCUCCACUUGGGGGAGCAGCAAAUACUCGGAGGGGCCACGCGAGCAGCCGCGAAGCCGGCUGAAGGAGAUCAAGCCACGGGUGAAGGUGACACCGCCCGUCGGUGCCGCUGGUGCCGGCGGAAGCGCCGGAAAGGCCACGGCGCAGCGCUCGGGGAAGGAGGUCUCCAAAGCCACCAGCGCGCGGGAGGAGUUCAGACAGGUCCGGAAGACCACCUUGCAGAAGCUGCCCGAGAUCAUUGAGGAUGAAGAUGAGGAACUCGAGAUCUUGGAGGGCUGGGAGGCCUUGAUCUGGACCGAUUUCCUGCCCUGGAACUGGUCUCAGACCUACCAGGUUUGGAAGGAGUCGCGCGUGGAGAUGUGGCAGCACUUGGGCCCCGUGCUCGUGAAGAUGGAGGAGGGCGAUGAUCCAGAUGGGCUGUGCCCGACAUGGGUGAUGCGCAAGUGGCGGAUCUUCGUUUUGGCCUACUGGGAUCCGUUCUUAGAUCACCUCCCUGGCCCUGGACGCGUCCUCACCUGGCUGCUGUGGAGCUCCUUGAUCGUCCCGGUGGUUUUGUUCGGCGUCUCCAGCGUUCUGCUCACCGUGAGCGUUUUGCGGAACUUGGAGUACGUGGAGGGCCGCUGCCAGAUUGAGCAGCUCCCCGAGAGCUUCGAGACACAGCGCGGGGCGGUCACGCAAGUGAGAGGCACCUACCUCAUCCGGCGCUUCUAUCGCGCGUCGCCCGAACGCCUCGCGGGGCAUGUGGUCCAGAGCUGCCAGAUCCAAGUGCCCUGCGAUCACGUGGAUCUGAGCCGCACCGGGCGCAUGGAGGAUGACCGGUGUGACAGCUUCAAGAUCUGGGCCUGGAAAGACCCGAUUACCUGCUUCUACCACCAGUCUGACGAGUAUGGCACCUUGCAGCGCGAACUGCUCUGCCUGGCGCGGCCCAGCGACCUGCAAGAGGAGGUCUUUGGUGUGAUCCUCAGUGCUGGUGCAGUGCUCAUGUCGCUCCUCAUCGUGGCACUGGUGAAGCUGCGCCGAAGGCUGGAGAGAAGGGAGGCCCAGAAGCAUCUGCAGGAGUUUGCCGAGCAGGAGGAGAAGGAACGACAAGAGGCUGAUGCGAUCGCUCUGAAGCAGCGACCCGGUGGCCAAAGACCCGGGUCCCGGGACGAUGGGCCGGUCCGAGACGAUGGGCCGGUGAUGCGUCGGAGAGAUCGGGACUGGUUGGUGUUUCAAAGAUGUGUUGGGUGUUCAACCUGGGAAGAUGGACUUGUAUUGACUUCUUCCGCUGGUUGA